GUACCUGCAGCCUGCUGCACCCACGUGAUGCGUAGAUGGAACCAUGGCCCUUUUGACCGGUGGACAUGGGGAUGGAGCACCUUAGCGUAAAGCAAUAUAUUUGUGCUCCAUGCCCAUGAUGUGUUAUGGUUAUCCACACAAUCUCGCGCAACCCUCAAGGAUCAUUAAAGAAAGAGCAACCACGGCAAUAAAGAAUAGACAGUGUCACGUGUGGCACUGUUAUUAGUCGGCAUCGUGGUCUAUAUAGAGAGAUCUCGAAGACCCUGCUUUUUGUGUGAAUUAGUGUUGAAGAGAGAAAAAAGGAAAGAGUAGCGCCGCAAUGGAUCGCUCCACUCUCGCCUUUGUUCUCCUCGCCGCCGCCAUCUGCGUCCCCGCCAGCUGCCUCACCUCCGCCACCAGCUCCCCUGCCGAGUUCGUGCGCGAUUCCUGCAGGGGCACGCGGUACCCCGCCCUGUGCGAGCAGAGCCUGGUGGCCUACGCGCCGGCGGUCCACCGGAGCAAGCGGGAGCUGGCGCGAGCCGCCCUGGCCGUCAGCGCCGACCGGGCCCGGUCCGCCUCCGCCUUCGUGAGCCGGAUGUCUUCCGGGGGCCAGAAGAAGGUCCGGUCCCGGGAGGCCGGCGCGGUGCGGGACUGCAUCGAGACUAUGCACGACAGCGUCGACCAGCUCCGGCAGUCAGUGGAGGAGAUGGGCCGGAUGGGGCGGGCGCGUAGCCCUCGGUUCGCUUGGCACCUCAGCAACGUCCAGACCUGGGUCAGCGCUGCGCUCACCGACGAGACGACCUGCCUCGACGGCAUCUCCCAGUACGCCGGCCCCGCCGUGCGAGCGGCCAUCAGGAAGAAGGUGGUCGAGGUGGCUCGGGUCACCAGCAACGCCCUGGCUCUCGUGAAUCAACUCGGCCCCAGGAACUGAAGCGGGGUUCGUCUUCUGGUUCGAGGUCCUCCGUCGUCGUCGCCCUUACGUUUUGAACUGUGUUGUGCUGUCCAUGGACUCUAUGAAUGGAUGUCUCUUAUAAGUACGUAUACGAGGAGAAGAGUGUAAUGUAAAUUAAGCUGUUAAGCGUUCUAUGGAUGUAUAAUGCCAGUCGAAGUUUUGAUGUGAA